CAAAGCACAGCCGCAGUUUAAUCAAAGGAUGGUUUCCCUCCACACGUUCGCCCCGCCUCGUUAUCGUCUUUCCUGUGCACCAGGCAACAGCCACCACCACCACCAUCUCACUCUCGUCCUCUCCUCAGCAGGAGAAGGAGCAGCGAAGGUGAGCUUCCACAGCACGCAGACUAGAGUCGGUUGAACUACUCUGGCCGCCAUGGCGAUAGAAUUCGGGUUCCCGGCUGCUGCCGCUCGCAUCUUCAGCUCCCUUCCUUCCCGCCUGUCCUGCUCUCCUCUCUGUUACAGGCGCUUCCCACCUCCUUCUUCCUCCUUCUCCCUCCCUUCUUCUCCCAUCAGAAUUCCCUUUCCCAACCACGGCAAAUUCAACCUGAGUGUGUCGGCGACGCGCCGAAGCUUGUGCGUAGCUGCCCAGUCCGCCGAACAGCAAGGCCAAGUCGAAGAAAAUGACGUUGUUGAUAGCAAGAUCUUACCAUACUGUAGCCUCGAUAAAAAGGCAGAGAAGAAGACGCUAGGAGAACUUGAGCAGGACUUCCUACAAGCACUGCAAUCAUUCUACUAUGACAAAGAACCAAUAAUGAGUAACGAGGAGUUUGACAACCUCAAGGAGGAACUAACGUGGGAAGGCAGCAGUGUUGUCAUGCUAAGCCCUGACGAGCAGAAGCUGCUUGAAGCUUCAAUGGCUUAUGUGGCUGGGAAGCCAAUAAUGUCAGAUGACGAAUUUGAUGCACUGAAACUACGCCUGAAGAGAGAAGGGAGCCAGAUUAUGCAGGAGGGUCCUCGUUGCAGCCUUCGCACUAGAAAGGUCUAUAGUGACUUGCAGGUUGACUAUUUCAAGAUGUUCCUAUUGAAUGUUCCAGCUGCUGUCAUAUCACUUACUUUGUUCUUCUUUCUUGAUGACUUGACUGGAUUUGAGAUCACAUAUCUCCUGGAGCUGCCAGAGCCAUUUAGUUUUAUUUUCACGUGGUUUGCUGCUUUGCCUCUAAUCUUUUGGGGAGCACAGAGUAUUACUAAUGCCAUUUUGAAGGAUUUCUUGAUACUGAAGGGACCCUGUCCAAACUGUGGAACUGAAAAUACGUCCUUCUUUGGGACAAUACUUACAGUACCUAGUGGUGGAUCUGCAAAUACAAUCAAGUGUUCAAAUUGUGGCACUGCAUUGGUCUAUGAUUCUGGAAGUCGCCUGAUUACUGUAGAUAAUGAACCGAAAGGAGCAAGUGCUUAGUUGAAUAUGAUGAGAAUAGGCAAGGAGACGUUCUCUCUAGGUGGCACUGUAUAGCUGAGACGGGAUUGCACCCAAGUAAUUGCAGACACUGCUAGGUGUAUAUAUAAGUUGUAUUCUCUUGUUUUGUUAUCUCCAGAAGGGGUUUAGAAGUCUGCAUAUGGUUUUAUGGACCUUGGUUUUAUAUAAUUUGGCAUUUCUAUUCAUGUAAAUGCUCUGAAACAAAUUGAAGAUGAGUAUGACAUGCCUUCUUCUAUUCA